UAAUAAAAGUUCCCCUUUAACUUGUUUGGGGUCUCUAAUCAAUCAAACCCAGUGUCCUCCAUCAGACCUCAGCCUCCAUCCUCAUGCCUCUCGACCUCCUCUUCGUCCUCAUCAUGUCUGACUCGUUGGAGGUUUUUGUUUUUUUGGAUUCUUCAUCGCGAGGUCGUGGCGUCGCUCGGCACCAGGAAAUGGAGGCAGAGCGGCGGUGGAGGAGUUCGUAGCUGCGGGUCAGAACUGGGAGGAGGAGACACACCGAGACCGAGACAACCGGCGACGACUUCCAGCUCCGGGAGGCUUCGUGCAUCCGCAGGAGAAGAUGAGCGACGCGACUGACGCCAAAGUGGAGCUUUUUGUGAAGGCGGGGUGCGAUGGCCAGAGCAUCGGAAACUGUCCUUUCUCCCAGCGGCUCUUCAUGGUGCUGUGGCUGAAAGGAGUCACCUUCGACGUGACCACCGUGGAUAUGAAGAGGAAGCCUGACAUCUUGAAGGACCUGGCUCCCGGCGCUCAGCCUCCCUUCCUGUUGUACGGCAGCGAGGUGAAAACUGACACCAACAAGAUUGAGGAGUUCCUGGAGGAAAGUCUCUGCCCUCCAAAAUAUCCACGUCUGGCCGCUCGUAACCCAGAGUCCAACACAGCCGGCAUGGACGUCUUCUCCAAGUUCUCUAUUUACGUCAAGAACUCAAAACCUGAGGCCAAUGAAAAUCUAGAGAAAGGCCUGCUGAAGGCUCUCAAGAAGCUCGACGACUACCUCGGCUCCCCACUUCCUGAUGAAAUCGACGAGAAUAGCGCAGAUGAGGUCACUUCCUCAUCCCGUCCCUUCCUGGAUGGCCAAGUGCUUACUCUGGCUGACUGCAACUUGCUGCCCAAGCUCCACAUCAUGAAGGUGGUGUGUUUGAAAUACAGGAAUUUCAGCAUCCCUGAGUAUCUAACGAACCUGUGGAGGUACCUGAAAGCUGCGUACGCCCGGGAGGAGUUUGCCUCCACCUGCCCGGUCGACGACGAGAUCCACAUCGCCUACUCCUCUGUAGCCAAAGCUCUCAAGUAGGAGGACGGCAGGAUGCACAAGUCACACAUACACCAGCAGAAAGCCACAAAAAGCACAAAAACAACACAACACACAUUCAAUCUGCAAGCAGCGUGAUGGCUCUGAUUCUCUGUUUCUGCAGUUUUUAUGUCCCUUUCCUUGUUUUUUGCAGCUUUAAAAGUUGAUUUCCCCUUUUUAUAAUAUUAGAUGAUUCUGAUGAAGUGUCAUCCUCCUGCAGUCGUUUUGUAUUUGUUCUUAUUUUCUAAUAAAAGGGAGGUGAUUGUCA